CAUGGCGUGACGCGUACUGCCGUUUCCCGCACCGAGAAGCAGCGCCAGCAGGAGCUCGACAAGAUCGCGACCUAUCGCCAGCUCGAGGACGAGUUCCGCGCCGCCGAGGCCGCAUACAAGGCCAGGCCCGAGCCAGCUGCCGACCCGACACUGCUCCAGCUUACGACACGCCUCCUGCGCCUCAACCCAGAGUAUUACACAGUAUGGAACGUGCGUCGACGCUGUCUAAUCUAUGGGUCAUUGUCCAAACCCUCGGCUGGAUCAUGGCCCUCGAGGGCGUCGCAGACUAGUGGGCCGGAUGGCGACGCUGCUGUGCUGCGCGACGAGCUCGCAUUCACUUUCCCGCUGCUGGUCGAAUAUCCAAAAUGCUACUGGAUAUGGCAGUUCCGAGGCUGGGUCCUCGAAGAGGCAAUCACUCGGUUGUCUGUGCCUGCCGCGCGCAAGAUCUGGGAGACGGAGCUGGGCCUCACGUCCAAGAUGCUGAGCAGAGAUCGCCGCAACUUCCACGCGUGGAGCUACCGCCGCGAAAUUGUGGCCAGGCUUGAGAGCGCAGCUCUUGCUGGAAACAGCAUGGCCGAGGACGAACUCGACUACACGACACGCAUGAUUCGGGUCGACCUGAGCAACUACUCUGCGUGGCACGGACGGAGCUCCCUGCUGCCUAGGGUACUAGACGAGCGCAAAGCUGACGAUGCAGCGCGCACCAGGGCACUGGAGGAGGAGCUUGCACUGUUGCAGGAUGCAUUGAACGUCGGGCCGGAAGACCAGAGCCUUUGGUUCUACCAUCAACACAUUAUAUCACAGAUCGCCGACGUCGAUUCGGGGCAGGGCCAAGGCAGCAUUGCGCCGCGCCUAUCUCGUGAGCAACGACAGGCGUAUAUCCAGCAGGAGAUUGAUUUCAUUAAAGACCUGGCACAGGACUACGGGGACGUCAAGUGGAUCUAUCAGGCGCUGAUAGGCUGCACGGCCGCACUUCGCGGACUAGGGGUCGGCAUCAGCGACCAAGCAGAAGAUCGGGAGGGGUGGCUUCAAAAGCUACGAGACACAGAUCCGCUCCGCGCUGGGCGAUGGCAGGACCUCGAGGCUUCAAUGUAG